AUGAUGCUCAACAUUAUAUCGGUGAACGCGCGCUCCUUGUCUGGUAAAGGAGACGCCGUUCAGAGGAUGUUGGCCACCACGAGUGCGGACAUUCUGGUGGUCAACGAAACGAAGGUAAAGGGGGGUCCGUACGUAGUUGAUGGCUACAACUGUUGUCACAUACCCUGGAAACAGGGGUCAAUAUGUGGCACGGGAACUAGCCUCUUCUACAAGCCGUACCUUGCUCUCCGGAGCUCAGGUUUAUGUUCUUGUAGCCUAUGUGAAUUCCUCCAAGUGAGGAUUCGCAUAGGUAAUUUAACAUUUUACCUAGGGGCGAUGUAUUCGAAGAACUUUACGGCGUGUUCUUGGCACGUACGGGAGUUCUUUGGAAAGCAUCCGAAGGCGAUGGUCGUUGGGGACCUGAAUGCCAAGCACCAAGAGCUCGGUUUCAGGGUAACCAACGCGCAUGGUUUGGCUCUAAAGACGCUGGUUGAAGACCUCGGGUUGGAAAUCAGAUCUUCAAGCGAGCCAAACCACAUCGAUUCGCGGGGAGGACAAGACUGGCUAGGCCUUGCUCUGGUCAGCCCCGGAAUGCUAAAUUGGGUUAGUAACACAAUCUUAUUGCCUGAUAUUGGGAGCGACCAUCUGCCUCUAUUGCACGAACUCCGUGAGCCAGUUCCUCAAAGGGCCCCAGGAUACUUUGACCUCCGGUCCGGUUCCUGGGCCAACCUGGAGAGGUUCAUGGCCAGCAGGUUGCCCUCACUCCUGGUGGGGAAUACCUGCGCCAACAUACGAGAGUUGGAGGCGUUAGAUAAUGGAAUCAAUGCUGCCCUGUCUGAUUAUAUGCGAGAUAAUUUCAAACAGAACCCAGUACAGGGCCAGGCACAUUCCACGCUCCCGUACCGGGUGCUAAAUAAAAUUAGAUUCAAGCGCCGGCUGUCCAGACUGCGGGACAAAUGCGUCUACCAGGAGAACCGUGUCUGGUUUCGCGGCUGGAUCAGCCGGCUUCAGAGGGAGAUCCGGAGGGAAAUUCGUGAACACGAAAGUUCACGGUGGGAGCGGGCCUGCCAAAGAGUGGACCCGCGCUUUCCGGACUUCUGGAAAAACUGA